AAGAAAAGGCUGAAUGGAACACCCCGACUGUUACACUGCACAGGCAGAUACAUUGAUCAUUUUUUUCCUAGACCGGUCAACUUUGAGACUAUGGGUUUCAUCGGAGAUUCGAUCGAGUCUUUGAAGUCCAUUAAUGUCAGACAAUCCAUAGAGCUGGUCAUCACUCUGGGUAUGAUUGUUUCAUCAGCACUAGUUAUAUGGAAGCUUUUAAUGUGUGUUACUGGUUGCGAGUCACCCGUUGUUGUAGUUCUUACCGAAAGCAUGGAACCCGCAUUCCAGAGGGGAGAUAUUCUGUUCUUACGAAUGGGUGAAGAACCUAUUCGGGCGGGUGAAAUUGUUGUGUUUAACAUUGAUGGCCGUGACAUUCCAAUCGUCCAUCGUGUAAUCAAGGUUCAUGAACGGAAUGAUACAGCAGAUUUCGAUGUCCUUACAAAAGGGGAUAACAAUAGAGAGGCGGACGAUAGAGGCAUAUACGCCCCAGGUCAGGAGUGGCUUCAGCGACACCACAUCAUGGGUAGAGCCGUUGGGUUUUUACCUUAUGUUGGCUAUCUUACGAUCAUCAUGACCGAAAAGCUUAUUAUAAAGUAUGUUCUUUUCGGUGCAUUGGGUUUGCUCGCGAUGACAUCCAAAGGUUGAUAAUCAAGCAUCCAAAAAAUCAUCAGAUUUUCAUAUACUUAAAAGAGUCUUAAAAUUUCUUCCAAAUAUAUAUAUGAAGUGUCAACAUUAGCGAAACAAAAAACGCACACUUGUUGGUUUUAUCGGUAUCACCACAAUAGUCUAGCCUUGGACAUUAAGGCAUCACUCUCAUCAUCCACUGAACCAUAUCGCGGCUUCUUUAAUAUAUCAGCCGGUAGUGCAUCUCUUUUCCAA